AUGAUCACGAACGCGGGCCGCGAGCUCGUGCGUCGCCUGACGGCGACCAGCAACACCCCGCUCCUGCCGUUUGUGCCCAAGUGGAUCAAGGUCAUCUUCCUCUUCCUCAUGGUCUGCCAGGCGCCAUCGUGGCCGUUCCUGUGGCACCUCCGUGUGUGGUACUACCCUCUGCGCGCAUACUACCUCGCAUACACCAAGGGCCACAUGGCGUACUGGAAGAACUGGCGCAAGGAGUAUGUCGAGGCCGGCGGUCUCAAGGACAUGCGCGUCAAGGUCUGGCGCCGUGCCCUCCUCGACGACUGCGACUACAACAUGCACCUGUCCAAUUCAUGCUACGCCAAGAACUCGGACGCCGCCAAGAUGAAGUUCUGCAUCGACAGCUUUGCGCCCUGCUUCGUCACGGGUCUGCACAUGGCCCUCGGCGCCAGCCACUGGAAGUACAUGAAGGAGAUUCCUAUGGGAUCGCAGUACCUCAUGGAGACGCGUGUUGGCAGCUGGGGUGACAAGUGGAUUCACGUCGUCACCGAGUUUGUUAUUUUCCCCAAGGGCGGCAAGCGCAAGGGCGGCAAGAAGGCCCCCGUCUCCGAGAAGGAGCAGAUCAUCCCCAACCUCUCCCUCCCUCCCUCUGGCACCGACACUCCCUCCUCGUCCGCCACCUCUGCCAAGGGACACACUGUCCCCCAGACUCCCGAGGAGGUCGUCCGUCGUCUCACUGCCGCCACCCGCUCCGCCAAGCCCCGUGCUGACGGCGGCGUCGUCGCGUGUAUCGCCGUCACCGACUACUGCUUCAAGCAGGGCCGUAUCACCAUCCCUCCCCGCAUCGCCUUUUACCUCUCCCUCCUGUCUGAGAACCCCGACAACCGCGCUGCCGCGCUCAAGAUUCUCAACUCCAAGGACAAGGGAGCGGCGUUCGCCAAGGGCGGCUGGAAGGACGCCGUCGACGCCGACCAGAUUGGCCGCGACGUCGGUCUCGGUCCUGACGGUACCCAGGACUGGGCCAACGAGGGCCGGUUUGCCAUGCAGGCCGUGGACGAGAACCUUGCGUUGUUCUAA